CUUUCACAUGAUAACAGCAUGUUCUACACAUGUACCACAGGAACUUUGUAUCAUACGAGGGGGGUAUUUGAAUAUUAAGUUGUUAAUAUCACCUGCACUUAUUCUUAAUUGAGUUACAUACUUGUUUACUAGGUUGUGUAUAAAGCAGAACAUACCAAAUAUUCAAAUGACUUUGAAGAGCAGAGGAAAACUACUUUCAAAAUGUGUAUUCCUUCAAACCCAACCAUGGCGCUCAGCCUCAAACUAUGUUCAAAUCAGAAAGGUUUUGGUUGCCAAUCGAGGGGAGAUUGCUUGUCGAGUGAUGAGGACUGCCAAGAAAUUAGGAAUACAAACAGUGGCCGUCUACAGUGAUGCUGACACCAGUGCAGCACAUGUGGAAAUGGCCGAUGAAGCAUACAACAUUGGACUACCACCAUCUCAGGAGAGUUACCUCAGGAGAGAGAAGAUUAUUGACAUUGCAAAAUGUUCUGGUUGCCAGGCCAUCCAUCCUGGAUAUGGCUUUCUGUCAGAGAACACAGAAUUUGCUGAACUCUGCCAUAAAUCGGAUAUUAUAUUUGUUGGUCCACCAGCCAAUGCUAUAAGAGACAUGGGAAUUAAAAGCGCUUCAAAAUCUAUAAUGUCAGCAGCAGGGGUGCCUGUCAUUGAAGGUUACCAUGGCGAUGACCAGUCCAUGGCUAAACUAAAACAGGAAGCUGAGAACAUUGGAUUCCCAGUAAUGAUCAAAGCUGUUCUUGGUGGUGGAGGGAAGGGCAUGAGGGUUGCAUUCACAGCCUCAGAGUUUGAGUCACAGCUGGAGUUGGCCAGGCAUGAAGCACUCAAGUCAUUUGCUGACCAAGCAGUGCUUCUAGAGAAAUUUGUGGUAGAACCAAGGCAUGUUGAGGUGCAGAUAUUUGGAGAUCAUCAUGGUAACUGUGUUCACUUGUUUGAACGUGACUGCAGUGUGCAACGCAGACAUCAGAAGAUCAUUGAGGAGGCUCCAGCUCCUAAUUUGUCAGAAUCUCUGCGGGCUGAACUUGGAGAGUCAGCAGUGAAGGCAGCUUGUGCGGUGGGCUACGUAGGAGCAGGCACUGUGGAGUUCAUUCUGGAUCGCCACUCCCACACAUUUCAUUUCAUGGAAAUGAACACUCGCCUGCAAGUAGAACACGCCGUGACAGAGAUGGUGACCAACACUGAUCUUGUUGAAUGGCAGUUCAGGGUGGCUGCUGGAGAAAAGCUGCCCCUGACACAGGAGGAGAUUUAUCUCCGGGGCCAUGCGUUUGAGGCUCGCAUAUAUGCCGAAAGUCCUAGCAACAACUUUAUGCCCCUUGCAGGACCUCUGCAUUAUUUGGCUACACCAGUACCAAGUGCAGAUGUCCGUGUGGAGACAGGCGUUCGACAAGGUGAUGAGGUAUCGGUGUACUAUGAUCCCAUGAUUGCGAAGUUAAUUGUCUGGGGCAAGGAUCGAACAGAUGCCCUCAUAAAGAUGAGGACCCAGCUUGCUGACUACAAUAUUGUGGGUGUGGACACAAAUGUGGACUUCUUAUUGGAUCUCUGCAAGCACAGUGAGUUCAUCUCUGGUAAUGUCCACACAAACUUCAUAGAGCAUCAUCGCUCAGAACUGCUGGGACACAAGUCUCCACCUGAUCACAUUGUCAUCCAGGCAGUCCUGGUGGUCGUGCUGAAUGAGCAACUUGAGGCUCAGAAAGCUGCUUCAGCGUCCCAAGAUCCUUUCAGUCCAUUUUUUUCAGAAAUUGGCAUGCGACUCAAUCACCUGUUGGUUCGUGAUUUCAGUUUCAGAUGUGGAAAAGAAGUUGUUACAGCACAGGUGACCUAUAAGAAACGAGAAGGCUUCUUAGUGAGGGUCAGUGGCGCAGAGGAGCAACUCGACGUGUCAGGGACUCUGUCAAUGUCUAAUAACAGACUGGAACUCAUCUGUCAUAUGGAUAAGAAGGUCGUCAAAUCCCACGUGGUCAUCACCCCCACUGAUGUCCAUCUGUUCACAAGGGAUGGUAGCUACCAGUUUUCUUUGCCUGUACCCAAGUUCAAAUCUGCAGAGAUAGAUGAUGCUGGUGCUACUGGGGGAGAUGUAGCAGUCGCACCAAUGCCAGGAGUGGUGGAGAAAGUAUAUGUUAAACUUGGCGAUGUCGUCAAGGCUGGAGACCCUCUGUUCAUUAUAACUGCUAUGAAGAUGGAGUAUGUAAUCCAUGCACCGCGUGAUGGCCAGAUAGAGAAGAUAAACUGCAGUGUUGGAGAGAAUGUAUCAAAGAAUGCUGUUAUGGUUAAGCUUAGAGAAGAAGGCAAGGAUCGUGGGGAGGUUCCGAAUGCUGUGUGACGCGGGAAAGUUGCUCAAACUUCCGAAAGAGAACCACAAGAUUUUCGUGGAAACAGCUGACACUAAUCCUUGCCUGGCAUUAUGAGCAGGAUAUUUUCUGUCGUAUAACUCUUUCAAUAUAUGCCAUAUGUUAUAUCUGUUUAUAAUCUGAGCAUACAAAACAUAACUGCCUUGAUUGUGGUUGGCACAAAUUCAGUUCUCUACAGUCCCAUAGCAUUUCUCGAGCUAUUUGGCUGCUAAUCGGCAUUUUGUAUUCUGGUUUUCUACUUUUUUGCAUUAAACCUCAGCCGCCCAAGCUGUUUCUCUUGUCGGAAGACUUAAUAAAGUUCAUAUCAUCUCUCAAUACCUAAUAAAUCAAGAGUAAACUGUCUUCAAAUUUUUAUUUCUUUAUCCCCCCUGUAAAGAAAGGACAUUUAAAUAGUUUCUAAAUGUGAAUGAAUGGCAAAAAUAUUGCAAGCAUUAAUAUCUGAAAAAUAAGUUGGGCAUUGUGAAACAAUUUUUUGUGUCCAGAAAUUUCCAUGCUCUGCUUCUCAAUAGCCAUUACUGUCACAUAAAUUAACUGAAAUAUAUAAACUGGACAGUCGGUAGCUGUGUCGACAAUGUCCUGCUGGUAAUUAACAAAUUUUUAUGUUAAAUACCUGUUUGACUUGUUUUGUAUGGUGAAAUCAGCAUUUGAUAUACAUUUACAGUACACAAAUGUAAGUCUGAAGUUUUUUCACAGUUUGCAUUUAUAUCCAUGGUUCAAACCAAAUUUCCUCAGUGAUGGAUUUCCUCACUUAAUGUGUUCCAAAUAGUGGGUGGGUAGAGUAUGUUUGACAGUGGCCUUGUAUUCUGUCUUAAUCUUAUUAUAAGAUCUGUAAAACAUGAUGAAAAGACAACAGAAUUCAAAUUAUUUAUGAAACAGGCAUUACAAAAACAAUUAAAAUAUUUUCUGCAUAGUCUUGUCAAAGUUUCUAGUUAAAAUUGAAUUGGUUUUAUUAAUUUUCCUCCAUUACUUUUAUAUCAGGUUACUUGGGAUUAUUUCUAUAGUUAAAAUUAAGCUUUAAAGCACUUAUUUUUAUAUAUAUUUUUAUAUUAUUGCCUUUAUAAAAACAUAUCUUUUACCUUACUAUUUUAUAAGGAUUUGUACGUGUAUGAACUGGAGAUUUUUAAUAGACCAAAAUAAAGAAUUUUUCUUUAAACAUCCA